AUGAGCUCUCUCAAGCAAUUCAUUCGCAAUGUGCGCGCUGCAAAGACAAUUGCCGACGAACGCGCGGUCGUUCACAAGGAGAGCGCCGCAAUUCGAGCCAGCUUCAGGGAGGAGGGACACCAUUCGGAUCUGCGGAGGAACAAUGUCGCCAAAUUGCUCUACCUCUUCACUUUGGGAGAGCGGACUCACUUCGGUCAGAUCGAAUGUCUGAAACUACUCGCCUCACCACGAUUCGCCGACAAGCGGUUGGGGUACCUAGGGACAAUGCUGCUGUUGGACGAGAAUCAGGAGGUCCUUACACUGGUCACAAAUUCAUUGAAAAAUGAUUUGAAUCACAACAAUCAAUACAUCGUCGGAUUGGCGCUCUGCACGCUGGGUAAUAUCGCAUCCGUGGAGAUGUCUCGAGAUUUGUUCCCAGAGGUCGAGACCAUCCUCUCAUCGUCUAACCCUUACAUUCGUCGAAAGGCAGCGCUGUGCGCGAUGCGGAUAUGUCGAAAGGUGCCAGAUUUGCAGGAACAUUUCAUUGAAAAGGCGAAACUAGUCCUUCACGAUCGGAAUCACGGAGUGCUUUUGUCUGGUCUGACCCUAGUUAUCAGCCUUUGCGAGACAGACGAGGAGGAAGGAGGCGAGAAUGGCGUCGUUGAAGCAUUCAGGCCACUGACAGGGAGUCUUGUCAAGCUACUGAAGGCUCUUUCGCAGUCAGGCUAUGCGCCGGAACACGAUGUGACUGGCAUUUCUGACCCUUUCCUUCAAGUCAAAAUUUUGCAUCUACUUCGUGUCUUGGGACGUGGGGAUGCCGAGACCAGCGAGCAGAUCAACGAUAUCCUCACCCAAGUUGCCAUGAACACGGAAUCCUCCAAGAAUGUUGGAAACGCAAUCCUUUACGAAGCCGUGCUGACCCUGCUCGAAAUUGAAGCUGAGCCUGGACUUCGUGUUCUCGGAGUCAACAUCCUCGGAAAGUUCCUUUCAAAUAAGGACAACAAUAUUCGCUAUGUGGCUCUCAACACAUUACUCAAGGUCGUCGCGCUCGAGCCAAAUGCUGUACAACGGCAUCGAAACACCAUCUUAGACUGUCUCCGCGACCCUGAUAUCAGCAUCCGACGAAGAGCGCUGGACUUGAGCUUCACCCUGAUCAAUGAAUCCAACGUCCGCGUCCUGAUCAGAGAACUACUAGCUUUCCUCGAGGUCGCCGAUAACGAGUUCAAGCCAAUCAUGACUUCGCAAAUUGGCAUCGCAGCUGAUCGGUUCGCGCCAAACAAGCGAUGGCAUGUUGAUACCAUGCUGCGAGUCCUGAAGCUUGCUGGAAACUAUGUCAAGGAACAAAUUCUAUCUUCUUUCGUUCGCCUGAUUGCCACGACCCCCGACCUACAAACUUACUGCUCUCAGAAGUUGUACGCCGCACUAAGAGAAGACAUAAGUCAAGAGGGCCUGAAUCUCGCUGGUGCAUGGGUUAUCGGAGAAUAUGGUGAUGCACUUCUCCGUGGUGGCUCCUACGAGGAAGAAGAGCUCGUGACUGAAGUCAAAGAGAGUGAGAUCGUCGACCUGUUCACCACCAUUCUCAAUUCGAGCUACGCAGGCCAGAUCGUGACGGAAUACAUCAUCACCGCUGCCAUGAAACUUACGACCCGCCUACAGGAUCCUGCCCAAGUUGACCGACUGCGAAGGCUACUGACGAGUCGCCAAGCUGACCUCGAUGUAGAGAUCCAGCAACGAUCCGUCGAGUAUGGAAAUUUGUUCGGCUUCGAUGCCAUCCGUCGAGGCGUCCUCGAACGUAUGCCUGCACCUGAGAUCCGCGAGGAGCAACGUGUGUUGGGCGAGGCGACCAAGAAACGUCAAAGCCGUAUCCUGCCUAAGAAGAAGCCUGCUCAAAUUACCGAGCAGGACAUGCUACUGGAUCUCAUGGGCGGCGGAGAUGAUUCGACUCCUUCUGCUCUAGGUGGUAGCGGCCUCUCUAACGGCGCAUCGCAGAACAACAAUGCUGAUUUGCUCGCUGAUAUCCUCGGAGGCGGCAGCGACUCCGCCGGCCUCUCUCUCGGCAACUCUUCCUCCGCUGCCGCUGCCGCGCCUUCAAACAACAACGCCAACUCCAUCCUUGAUCUCUUCGGCUCCGCACCUAGUUCUGCACCACCACCACAGCAGCAGCAGCAAUCUUCCGAACCCGCCCAUCCAGUCUACUCCAAAAACGGGCUUACCAUCACAUUCAGCGUCAUCCGCACGGCACAAGCGGUGCAGGUCACCGCGCGCUUCCGCAACGUUGACAACACAUCUAGCAUCAGCGCAGUGAACCUCCAGGCCGCCGUACCCAAGACACAGAAGUUACAGUUGCAGCCUAUCAGUUCGAGCGACCUGGCUGUCAAUCAGGAGGCGGUGAUGCCAUUGCGGGUGACGGCCGCACAGGCUGGGGCCCCACCUCCGCCGCGACUCCGUCUUCGACUCAAAAUCUCCUACACCGCGGCAGCGGGACCGGUCGCGGAGCAACUCGACUGGUCGGAACCGGCUUGA